AUGGCCGGGAACAAGGAGAGCAGGCGUGCAGAUCCUUCAGGCUCGGAUGAUGCGGAAAGGAAGCAGCGCCGUAAGCUUCAGAACAGGCUCAAUCAACGAGCACGACGAAAUCGCAUGAGCAAUGGUGCAUCAUUCAAAUCUGAAAACCAGAGAAAGCCAACUUUCGGAGUUAAGCUUUGGAGAUUAGACGAGUUUGACCUGGAGACCAGCACUCGCUCGCAAAGUGUCAGCGGUGCAGACGAAAAUAAAACGAGAAUCGGAAGGCGAAAUCCUUUAGUGUUUCUAACCGAUAUGUAUGAUGAUAUGCUGAGUACUGAAGACGUUGAGUUAUAUAGCCAGCAGCUCAACAUCCACCAACAACUCGCAAGUUUCUCGUUCUCAGGCUCUCCGCUUGCAGAUCAUUUACUGCAUCUCGUUAAUUACAAUGCUUUCAGAGGCUUCUUCUGCAACAAAGCGACACUCUCGCAGCUUACAGACCAUCUUGUAGUAACACGAAGUGGAACCGAGAAGUUGAACAUUAUGGCGGGUCUCAAACGAGUUGCCGUUGUCAUUUCCGCGAGCCCACAUAUACCACCUGAUCUUCGGCCUACAGAUUUGCAGUCUAGACAAGCACAUGCAACCUGGAUUGAUCUUCUUCCAUGUCCAAGAAUGAGGGAUAAUCUCAUCACACACCAUGAUGAAUUCAACCAUUGGUCUCUUGUCAACGACGUGAUGGGAAACCUCUUGGAUGAUAUCAUGUUCAAUAAGUAUGGGGAGGGCACCGGGCUAAAGGGACGACAUCGAUCUGUUGAAUACAGAUUUAACGGUUCAGCUUCGUAUCGGCGUGGCAUAAUCAUCUGGGGAGAGCCACACCAGAUGGUGAGUUGGGAGAUCACGCCUGGAUUCCUGGAUAGAUGGGGAUGGGCUGUGGAAGGGUGUGAUGGCUUGAUGAGGGCGACUAAUCAGUGGAGAUCAUUAAGAGGUGAAAGGCCCUUAAAAUUCAGCUUACAAGACAAGCGACAUAGUAAGGGUUAUUGA